GGCGGGGGCACCCGAGUGACGACAUCGCCCGCGGCCGUUGGUGGCCUGAGUGACGUCACGAGGGGGGUGGUCACGUGGGCGUGGCUCUUUUGCAAAGAUGGCGUCCGAGACGAAGUCGCAUCUUGGAAUUCCUGAGGCCGUCUUCAUGGAGGACGUGGACGCGUACAUGAAGAGCAAGGGCAGCGGGGAGACGACGGAGUCGGUUCUCAAGCACCUGGACGAGCAGCACCAGAAGUACAAAUACCUGGAGAUGAACCUGCUGCAGAAGAAGCUCCGGUUAAAGAACCAGGUGCCGGACAUCAAGCAGUCUCUGGACAUCAUCCGGCACAUGCAGAAGAAGAUGGACUCCACGGAACCGCUGAAGACUCACUUCCUGCUGCUGGACAACCUGUACGCCCGCGCAACCAUCGCUCCCACCGACCGCGUGUGCCUGUGGCUCGGGGCUAACGUGAUGCUGGAGUACGAGGUGAGUGAGGCUCGCUCGCUACUCGAACGGAAUCUGGACACAGCAACGCGCAACAUGGAGCAGCUGGGCACCGACCUGGACUUCCUGCGUGACCAGUUCACCACCACCGAAGUCAACAUGGCCCGCGUCUACAACUGGGACGUGAAGCGGCGGCAGGCGGAGAGCAAGCAGAGCGGCGGCACCGCCUAGACCACGCCCCCCCCGCCUAGACCACGCCCCCCCCCCGCCACCCACGGGCGGAAAGCGGACGCGUGUCCGGGGCUGCUUGCUCCGGCGCUUGAAAUUAUGACUUCUUCUCCUACAACUUCUUCUCCUACGACUUCUCCCACGACUCCCACGGCCGCCGCCGCCGCCACGAGGCAGGGCUCGGCCUGCGUCAGCGCCACCGCCCACCGUGGCCACGGUGGUGACCACCCUGGCGUGCCUCUCCACGUGGUCCUCUCGCUCACCCCCGCCCCUUACACCCCCCUUGUCCCUCUCCUCUCGCCCUCCCCUUCUCACCCCCCCCUUUGCCCCCCCCUCCC